CUCAGGAUGGGAUGGGAAGUGGCAGAUCCGGUUUGUUCAGGGCGGAUCUGAAAUCGGGGCUGGUGGAGGGAAUGUGGGGAGCAGGAUAGGUUGCGGCGGCUGUGGCAGGAUGGUGGGCCCGAAGGAACAGAGUUGGAUCCCCAAGAUCUUUAAGAAGAAGACAUGCACGACAUUCAUCGUUGACACCGGAGAUCCAGGAGGGACCUUGUGCCAGUGUGGGUGUCCCCGGAGUGCCCACCCAUCGGUGGCUGUGGAGGAUGCCUUCGGGGCAGCCAUGGUGACCAGUUGGAACAGUGACUCGCAUACCACGGAGAAGCCCACUGAUGCCUACGGGGAGCUGGACUUCCUGGGUGCCGGCGGCAAGGCCAGCCAUUUCCUCCGGCUGUCUGACCGCACGGACCCAACCACAGUUUAUAGUCUGGUCACGCGCACAUGGGGCUUCCAGGCCCCGAACCUGGUGGUGUCAGUGUUGGGGGGGUCGGGGGGCCCUGUCCUCCAGACCUGGCUGCAGGACCUGCUGCGAAGAGGGCUGGUGCGGGCCGCCCAGAGCACAGGGGCCUGGAUUGUCACCGGGGGACUGCACUCAGGCAUCGGCCGGCAUGUUGGGGUAGCUGUACGGGACCACCAGACAGCCAGUACGGGGGCCACCAAGGUGGUGGCCAUGGGCGUGGCCCCCUGGGGUGUGGUUCGCAAUAGAGAGGCCCUCACCAACCCCAAGGGCUCGUUCCCUGCGAGUUACCGGUGGCGCGGCGACCCUGAGGACGGGGUCCAGUUUCCUCUCGAUUACAACUACUCGGCCUUCCUUUUGGUGGACGACGGCACCCACGGCCGCCUGGGCGGGGAGAACCGCUUCCGCCUGGGCUUCGAGUCCUGCAUCUCCCGGCAGAAGACGGGCGUGGGAGGGACUGGAAUUGACAUCCCUGUCCUCCUCCUCCUCAUCGAUGGUGAUGAGAAGAUGUUGAAGCGGAUAGAGGACGCCACCCAGGCUCAGCUCCCCUGCCUCCUGGUGUCCGGGUCUGGGGGAGCUGCGGACUGCCUGGCGGAGAUCUUGGAAGACACUCAGGCACCAGGGAAUGGAGCGGGCAGGCGAGGUGACGCCCGAAAUCGGAUUAGUCGUUUCUUCCCCAAUGGGGAUCCCGAGGUCCUGCAGGCCCAGGUGGAGAGGAUCAUGACCAGGAAGGAGCUGCUGACGGUCUAUUCGUCCGAGGACGGCCCUGAGGAAUUUGAGACCGUCGUUUUGAGAGCUCUUGUCAAGGCCUGCGGGAGCUCUGAGGCCUCAGCUUACCUGGACGAGCUGCGUCUGGCUGUGGCCUGGAACCGUGUAGACAUUGCCCAGAGUGAACUCUUCCGGGGUGACAUCCAGUGGCGGUCGGUCCACCUGGAGGCCUCCCUCGAGGACGCUCUCUUGAAUGACCGGCCCGAGUUCGUGCGCUUGCUCAUCUCUCACGGCCUUAGCCUGUGUCACUUCCUGACUCCCACGCGCCUGGCCCAGCUGUACAACGCAGCGCCCCCCAGCUCGCUCAUCCGCAGCCUUCUGGACCAGGCGUCGCACAGCGCGGGCACCAAAACCCCAGUCUUUAAACCCUCUGCGGAGCCCCGACUCCCUAACGUGGGGCAGGUGCUUCGGAUGCUGCUAGGUGAGAUGUGUGCGCCAAGGUACCACGCCUGGGCCACCGGGGAUCCCCACCAUGACCACCAUGACCACCACGACUGCAGGGAGAACGACCGUGGCGGCCCGGAGAGCUCACUGCUGCUCUCGGUCAGGGCCACCUCGGACCUCAUGCUGGACGCCGUCCUCGGGCAGACCCCCUGGAGUGACCUGUUCCUCUGGGCGCUGCUACUGAACAGGGCCCAGAUGGCCUUGUACUUCUGGGAGAUAGGCUCCAACGCCGUGGCCUCAGCUCUUGGGGCCUGUUUGCUGCUCCGGGUGCUGGCGCGCCUGGAGUCGGAGGCUGAGGAGGCAGCGCGGAGGAAGGACCUGGCGGCCAAGUUUGAGGGGCUAAGUGUUGACCUCUUUGGCAAAUGCUACCACAACAGCGAGGAGUGGGCUGCUCGCCUGCUUCUCCGACGCUGCCCGUUCUGGGGCAACGCCACCUGUCUGCAGCUUGCCAUGCAGGCCGACGCCCGUGCCUUCUUUGCGCAGGAUGGAGUGCAGUCUCUGCUGACACAGAAGUGGUGGGGGGAGAUGGACAGCACCACGCCCAUCUGGGCCCUGGUUCUCGCCUUCUUUUGCCCGCCACUUAUCUACACCAACCUAAUCACCUUCAGGAAGUCAGACGAGGAGCCCGAACAGAAGGACAUGGGGUUGGGUGUGGAUGGGGGCCUCAAUGGGGAAGGGCCAUUCAGAGUCAGGAUGAAAUUGGGACCGAGGAUCAGAACUUGGGAGAGAAGGGUCGGAGAUACGCACGGACCAAGAAGGCCAGCAGACCCCUCUGAGAAGAUGCCCUUGGGGGUAUUGAGUCAGCCCAGCCGGAGCGGGUGCUCCCCGCACUUGCGGCGCUGGUCCCAGUUCUGGGGAGCGCCGGUGACGGCUUUCCUGGGCAACGUGGUCAGCUACCUGCUCUUCCUGACGCUCUUCGCCCGGGUGCUGCUGGUGGACUUCCGGCCCUCGCUGCCCGGGGCGCUGGAGCUGCUGCUGUACUUCUGGGCCUUCACCCUGCUCUGCGAGGAGUUCCGCCAGGGCCUGGGCGGCGGCUGGGGCAGCCUGGCCACCGGGGGUCCCGGGCCAACCCCCUGCCGGGCCCCGCUGCGCCGCAGGCUGCACCUCUACCUCAUAGACACCUGGAACCAGUGCGACCUCGUGGCGCUCACCUGCUUCCUCCUGGGCGUGGGCUGCCGACUGACCCCGGGCCUGUAUGACCUGGGCCGCACCGUCCUCUGCCUCGACUUCAUGAUCUUCACGCUGCGCCUGCUGCAUAUCUUCACGGUCAAUAAACAGCUGGGGCCCAAGAUUGUCAUCGUGAGCAAGAUGAUGAAGGAUGUGUUCUUCUUCCUGUUCUUCCUCGGCGUGUGGCUGGUUGCCUACGGGGUGGCCACGGAGGGUCUCCUUAGGCCUCAGGACCAAGACCUCCCGAAAAUCCUGCGCCGCGUCUUCUACCGGCCCUACCUGCAGAUCUUUGGGCAGAUCCCGCAGGAGGAAAUGGACGUGACCCUCAUGCAGCACGACAACUGCUCAUCGGAGAAGGGCUUGUGGGCGCGCCCCUCCGGGGCCCAGGGUGGCUACUGCGUCUCCCUUUACGCCAACUGGCUGGUGGUGCUCCUUCUCGUUAUCUUCCUGCUGGUGGCCAACAUCCUGCUGGUCAAUCUCCUCAUCGCCAUGUUCAGCUACACCUUUGGCAAAGUACAGGGCAACAGCGACCUCUAUUGGAAGGCGCAGCGCUAUAGCCUCAUCCGGGAAUUUCACUCUCGGCCUGCGCUGGCCCCACCCUUCAUCAUCAUCUCGCACGUGCGCCUCCUCAUCCGUCGAUUGUGCAGGCACAGGGCCAGCUCGCCAUCGCAUUUUCGGGUCCACCUCCAUAAGGACGAUGAGAGGCGGCUUUUGACGUGGGAAUCGGUGCAGAAGGAGAAUUUGCUACUGGCGCGUGCGAGGGACAAGCGGGAAAGUGACUCUGAGCGUCUGAAGCGCACAUCGCAGAAGGUGGACACGGCAUUGAAGCAGCUAAGACAGAUCCGCGAGUACGAGCAGCGUCUGAAAGGGCUGGAACAGCAGGUCCAGCACUGUAGCCAUGUCUUGGGCUGGGUGGCCGAAGCCCUGAGCCGCUCUGCGUUGCUUCCCCCAGGGUUGCCCCAGCCCCCAGCCCCGCCUGGGCCCAAAGACUGAAUCCUGUUGCUGGACUUCAAGAAGUAGCCCCCUCGGGGCAUUCUUGCUCCCAAAGUAAGGCCUAGCUGGCCCAGGACCUCUGGAAGAGGUGGCCUUUCCCACCUAGAUCGCUGUCGGGACCACUGCGGGGAGUCACAUCCCACCGAACCACAGCAGGCCCCAGGCUUUCCCAGAACCAGCCCCACCCUGGGAGGGUCGGCCUCCGGCGCCCAGGCACAGCCUGUUGAAGGCCCUGCCACAGCCCGCUGGGCGGGAGAAGCUCCAGGGUCCUGAGGGUACAUGGACCACAGAGCCCACUCACAGCUCCCCAUACUGGGGAAAUAAAGCCACUUGAUUUGA